UUCACAAAUCUUGUGGUUUCGAAAUGCGAUCGUGGACCUCCAACCACCCAGAGGCGUUGUCUCUCGUCCCCAAAGAACUGCGAAGCGACGCCACAUCUGACGUUUACCUGCCUCCCAGUAGUGAUGUCGGCGUCUUGGGUGUUAAAUGGAACCCACGCCUAGACUGUUUAGGUUUUCGUGCCGUACCCCAGAUACCGACCGGCACCUUGACAAAACGUAUCCUGUUAUCAAAUGUCAUGAAAGUCUAUGACCCUUUAGGUCUAUUGAUGCCAGUCGUGAUCUGGGGUCGUAUUAUAAUUCAAAGAUUAUGGCGGGCAGGCAUUGGCUGGGACACAGACUUACCUGAGAUGUACGUAAGCGAAUCCAAAGACUGGUUUGCACAGCUACGGAUCGCAGCCGAUAUAAAAAUCCCGCGCUGGUACAUGGUCAGGUCAGACUUGUCAGACGUUCAGCUGCACUUAAUCGCUGACGGUGGCGAACAAGCCUACGCCUGCGUUGCCUAUUGGCGUUUUACUUACAGCGAUGACUCCGUGUCGACAGCCCUCGUCGGCAGCAAGGCCCGAGUCAGUCCCCUGAAACCGAUUUCGAUCCCAAGAUCGGAAUUACAAGCUGCACUCAUCGCGUCGCGUUUCGCACAGACUAUUUUGCAAGCUCAUCGUUUUGAACCCUCCGCAACCACUUUCUGGACCGACUCAACUACUGUCCUAAAGUGGAUCCGGAGUGACGCGCGCGCUUUUAAACCGUUCGUCGCACACCGGUUGGGAGAGAUAUUGGAAACCACUAAUCCAUCCGAUUGGAGGUGGAUCCCUACCUCUCUCAACGUCGCCGACGAUGCGACAAAACCAAAAAGAACUGAUUUUACAGCAUCUCAUCGGUGGUUCACUGGUCCACAGUUUCUUGUUGAACCGACGUCCGCUUGGCCGACCGAGCGACACAUCAACGAGGAAGAGACCUCACCAGACCCCGAGCUAAAAUCAAAUCUGUUGAUUCUGCUCCUUGAUAUCCCACUUCCAUAUUCGGUACCUGAUCCGACGCGUUUUAACUCAUGGCUGCGUUUACUUCGCGCCACCGCCCGCGUUCUCCAGGGCGCACGACUUUUCCGGCUUAAACUCUCUCGACCAAUACACCCAAAUUCUAAAUUGUAUAUUGACCACACCACAUCUCCCCACCAGGUUCACGCAGCGGACAUCAUAGAAGCGGAGAAGAUGUUGGUUCGGCAAGCCCAGAGAGAGAGUUUCCCAGAGGAAUUGACAAACCUGCGAUCCUCGAAGCCAGUGCCCAAGGACAGUCGGAUUAAGAAACUCGCCCCUAUACUUGAUGAAGAAGGCCUCAUGCGUCAAGACACACGCAUUAUUUCCGCACCAGGAGUGAAUAACGAGACAAAAUCCCCCAUGAUUCUUGACGGCCGCCAUUACAUCUCAAGACUCAUCAUCUUUCACGAACAUGUAAAAGCCUCACAUCAGUUUAAUGAGCUCGUUCUAAAUGAACUUCGACAAAGGUUUUCGAUCCCAAGAGCCAGAGGAACCAUUCGCAGCGUAGCAAGCUCCUGUCUAAAAUGCAAGAGAUGGAACACGAAACCUAUGCAACCUCAGAUUGAUGCACCAGAAGCGAUUACACCAUUUCAUUUCAUUCUGGGCUCCUCUUCGGUCGUACCAUGGACCACGUCGCUGACAGACGCAGACCUUUCCCGACGCUGUGACUGGCGGAGAACCCUGCGCCUAGCAGACCAUUUUUGGGCACGAUGGCUACGCGAGUACCUACCAACACUUCGGCAGAGAGGGCCCAACAACAACAACCUUUUAAACCUUGGCGAGGGUGAUGUGGUGUUGAUCGCCGACCCUACGCUUCCUCGUGGUUUGUGGCCGCUAGGAAGAGUAGCAAAAGUUUACCUAGGACCUGACGGAGCGGUCCGCGUGGCAGACGUCCACACAAAAGGAGGCGUGCUGCGCAGACCGGCCCGGAAGCUGAUUUUGAUGGAGGCCGCGACCCAGCCAGUGACCACCAGUGGUUAGUGUUCCACUGGGGGUCCGGUAUGUUGGCGACUGGCUGGUGCGCGACCUCCUUCAUAGUUUAAAAUUAUGUCACUUUCAAAAACUGUCCUCAUGUUAUGAAAUAGAAUCUAUCGGCAGUCAGUCUGCCUUCUGUCACGAAACUAAGCUUGUGUUUGUUUACCAAUAAUUAAAAUUAGUG